CAGGAGGGGGUGGGCGUGGCCUGGGCGGUGCUUGCCACGUGAUGGCGGCGGCCGCCGUAAGCAGCGCCAAGCGGAGCCUGCGGGCGGAGCUGAAGCAGCGUUUGCGGGCCUUAAGCGCGGAGGAACGGCUGCGCCAGUCUCACCUCCUCACUCAGAAGGUGAUUGCCCACAGUCAGUAUCAAAAUUCCAAAAGAAUUUCCAUCUUUUUGAGCAUGCAAGAUGAAAUUGACACGGAAGAGAUCAUCAAGGACAUUUUCAAACAAGGCAAAAUCUGCUUCAUCCCUCGGUACCGAUUCCAGAGCAAUCACAUGGAUAUGGUGAAAUUAGCAUCACCUGAAGAGAUCUCUUCACUUCCCAAAACAUCCUGGAAUAUUCAUCAGCCUGGUGAGGGAGAUGUUCGGGAGGAGGCCUUAUCCACGGGUGGACUUGACCUCAUCUUCUUGCCAGGCCUCGGGUUUGACAGACAUGGCAACCGGCUAGGGCGGGGCAAGGGCUACUAUGACACCUACCUGAAGCGCUGUGUGCAGCAUCAGGAAGUGAAGCCCUACACCUUGGCUUUGGCUUUCAAAGAGCAGAUCUGUUCCCAGGUCCCAGUGGAUGAGCACGACAUGAAGGUAGAUGAAGUCCUUUAUGAAGACUCUCCAGCAUCUUAAGUCAGACGAUGACAGCCAUGCUCACUGUUUUGUGUGAGGAAAAUAUGUGUAUUUUCCCCUUGUCAGAAAUGAGUCAAAAUGGCACAUUAAAGUGAAUAUGGAUUGUGUUUCUUUAGUGUAAAUAUAAAGUAUCUACCAUAAAACCAUUUUUACAAAUCAAUAGAA